UGCCGCGUCUUCGCACUUCUAUCUGGUUGCGUUGUCAAUUUCAUUGAGUAUUGCAUGAGACUGUGACGUUACUCUUUGGGACAUAUGUACCGUAUAUUUCAAGAAACAGAUGUUUCUAUUGUAAAAAAUUAACAAAGGUGUAGAGCAGCAGAUAGGACAAAGACUAAAUAUAUUUUAGUCAAACUAAAUACACACAUUCAGAAAGAUGCAGCACCUUGUACCGUUACUCUUGGCAAUUUUAGUAAUACAAACAUCGGUCGCGCCGCCCGUCUCGCAAAACAAAAUUGAAGUCGAGACCAAGAAAGAUGAGGUUGAGGAUUCGGAAUUAGAGAAUGUUAUGGAAUAUCACAGGUACCUGAAAGAAGUGAUUCAAGCUUUGGAAAGUGAUGUGGAGUUUCGUGAAAAGUUGGAGAAGGCCAACGAACGCGAAAUACGCUCAGGCGAGAUAGCACACGAACUGCAGUUUGUGAACCAUAAGGUCAGAACAAAGCUGGACGAGUUGAAACGAGAAGAAUUGGAGAGGCUAAGGCAUCUUGCUACCAAAGAAUAUAAUCUGAUGAACGGCUUAGAUAUGGGUCAUUUGAAGAUAGCAGAGCAUUUGGAUCACUCCAAUACGCAUACAUUCGAGAUAGACGAUUUAAAAAAAUUGAUCGCAAAGACUACGCGAGACUUGGCCGAGGCUGAUAAACGAAGACGCGAGGAGUUUAAAGAGUACGAGAUGCAGAAGAAGUUUAAGGAGGAGCAAAAGAUGAAGGGUAAUACCGGUAUGAAGGAGGAGGAAAGGAAGAAAUAUGAGGAGGAGUUAGAAGCGUUGAAGAAGAAGCAUAAGGAUCACCAACCUUUUCAUCACCCUGGUAGUAAGCAACAAUUGGAAGAAGUAUGGGAGAAACAAGAUCACAUGGAGAAUCAAGACUUUAAUCCCAAGACAUUCUUUUAUCUUCACGAUCUGGAUGGUAAUGGUUUUUGGGAUCAAGACGAAGUGAAAGCUCUGUUCUUAAAGGAAUUAGAUAAAGUUUACAGCGAAGGCGCUCCUGAGGACGAUAUUUACGAAAGACGCGAGGAAAUGGAAAGAAUGAGGGAGCAUGUGUUCAACGAGGCUGACCUUAAUCACGAUGGUCUUAUAAGUUACCAGGAAUUUUUAGAACAGACGAAAAAACCUGAUUUCCAAAAAGACGAAGGAUGGCAAGGACUGGACGAGGAGCAGAUUUACUCUCAACAAGAGUACGAAGCUUACGAGAGACGUAGGCAAGAGGAGGUACAGAAGAUGGUCGCCAAGGGAAUGUUGCCACCACCCCCUGACAAUGCACAUCUACCCGUCCGGCACGAACAGUUCCCGCCGCAAUACCAAGACUCCAUGCAUCAGCAGCAGUAUCCGGGACAUGCAGCGGCGCAACAACCGAUUGGUCAUGUACCACCGCCGCAAUACCAGGGUCAAGUUCCACCCUAUCAGGCUCCGGUUCCGCAACAGCAUUACCAGGGCCAAGUAUCGCAACAACAACAAUAUCAAGCGCACCCGCCACAAUAUCAAGCGCAAAUGCCACAUCAACAGCAAUUCCAAGCUCCACAGGAUCAUCAACAAUACCAAACCCAACCACAGCAAGUUCAACAACAAUUCCAGGGCCAGCCUCCGCAGGUCCAACAAGCGCAACAACAACAGCAACAGACACAGAACGAAGUGCCACAAAAUAUUCAGAAUAACGUCUCGCCGAAUAAUCCAGGAGUUGCAUCAGACAGCCAACAACAAAGUCCACAGGUCGCAUCGAAUUCCGCUCAGCAACAACCAAAUCCAAAUAGUAUACCGAAUGUACACAAAGAGUAGAAACUCGCUACCAAAUGGUAAAAUUAUUAUCUUUUAGCUAGUUUCUUCGUAAAAUAUAAUCUGAUCUGAAUCUAACGUAAAAGUAUCGAACUAAUCGAAAUAAGUUCAAUAACUCAGUUUAAAGAGAUUAUAUGCAAUUUUUCUUAUAAAUUUAAAUUAAAAAUUUUCAAUUUAAGAAAAAUUUAAUUUUGAAUAUACAAGUUUAGCAAUUUUGUAUAUCAAUCAUUAUGUUCUAAAUGCUAAUAUUUGAAAUUUUCAAGAAAAUUGAGAUAUGAUAGCAUUUAUAUUAUGAUUUUAGACUAUGUAUUCUUUUUAGCAUAAAAAUACACCAAAUUUAUAUUAAGCACAUUUAAGAUAUAUUCCUAGGAUAAGAUAUAUUCCUGGAAUAUCAUCAAAAUCACUUUAAAAAUUUGUUCUAACAUUAGUAAUAGGGACGGAUGAUGUUUGACAAUGAUGAAUCAAUGUUUGAUUCUUUUAAGUUAAAUGGUCAAUUAUAUUUUCAAUAUUUAUAGAAUUAAUGAAAUUUUAUGAUAGUUUCUUAAUUGUUAUCAAAUGGCAAUGCCAUAAUGUCAAAUACAUAAAAUAAAAUGAUAAAAUGACAAAUAGAAUACAAUUAAACUGUCCAUAAUGAAAUGUGUAGCGCCCGUUGUCAUGCAAUUUUAUUACAAUAAACUUUCUGGAUAUAUGGUUUUUGUCUAUAUA